CGAGGCUGUUUGGAGGGCUGAGCAGAGUGCUACUGAAGGGGAGAGACGGCAUCAGCCUGAGGAGGAGUGCUGGGGAACACCACGAAACACGGACCCAGCCCCUACACAUUCCCUUUCAGGACCCAGGACAGAGUGCGGGUCGAGCUGCCGAGGAAUUCAGCACCUAGGAGAACUCCCAGCGCCGCGCGGACUUCCCAGGAGAAAAGAGAGUCUCCUUGCCUCGUCCAGCAUGAUGGAACAUAGAAGCAGCUCCCAGCUUCUUCUGUCCUUCACACUCUUCAGUGUUCUCUGCUCGCCAGCACUGGCAUUACCCCCUUUGGGGACAUAUUCGGCUAUGAGUAGGUUGGGAAACAGAAUGCCAUUUGAUGGAGCAAGUGAACCUAAUCAAGCCCAAGGUUCAUUAAAACCUGAAACUGACAGUUUGCAAAAUAUACUACCAGAAAAUGACAAAUUUUAUCUUGACAUGUCCAGAGCUUUGGAUAGGAAUGCAAGACAUGCUGAUGGACUUUUCACCAGUGGCUACAGCAAACUUUUGGGUCAACUUUCUGCAAGGAGAUAUCUGGAAUCACUUAUUGGAAAACGGGUUAGCAACAACCUCAUGGACGAACAGAUGCCUGUCAAACGUCACUCUGAUGCCGUCUUCACUGACAAUUACAGCCGAUUUAGAAAGCAAAUGGCUGUGAAGAAAUAUUUAAACUCAGUUUUAACUGGAAAAAGAAGCCAAGAAGAGCUAAACCCUGCCAGCCUUCGAGAUGAAGCAGAAUUGCUUGAACCCUCCUUUUCCGAAACCUAUGAUGAUGUUACAGUAGAUGAGCUGCUGAACCGCCUCCCAUUGAGUCUCUGAAGGAGAGCUGGUAAAAUCUAUGACAAGAACAAACUAUUUUUUGAGUUCCACAUAGUAUUUCAAAGAAAUGACUUCAGUAUUCAAACCAAAACAAAUAUGUUGUGAAGUGACAGUUGUGAUAUAUUUGUUUCUGAUAUAAUAAAAGUUGAUGUUUACACUGUAAAUAUUACUUUAGAGAUCUCUACCUAAAGCUGUACAUAUGUAUGCUAGUCUAACUCAUGAAAACCCUGUGAUUUCAUAUGAUGUAAACCCUUUACUUCAAUAAAUGCAUUUGAAAAAGAGGAAUGCACAUCAGAAGACAGCACCAAAUUACUGAUUAAAUGGCUUAUUUUAACUAUGGGAACACUUCAGGUAAAAUUGCAUGAUGCAAAAGAUACAUUUGCAGACAACUUAAUAAAUACAAAAGACCAUAGAAAGGAACUAUGUUCAGUAUGUUCAAACUGUGUAAGAAAAAAUGUCGGGGGUAGGAUCUGUACAAAAAUAUAUGCUUUUCUAACAAUUCACCGACUUAAAUAAAUAAAAAGGCAUUUAAAAUGAUUGGAUCUUUCAUGGAACCUUAUUUUUGUCCUCCUCCAUUUUGAAUGUUUUCAUUAAGCUGAAGCCAGUAAUAUUUCCUUUAUUUUUAAUGUUAAACACUUUUUAAUCCAAUGUUGCCAAAACACAAAGGAGGAGAAGGGAAAAAAAGCUGCCGCUUAACGUUUGAUGUGCUAAAGUCAUAGCAGUAAGUUUAUUCUACAUUUGGUUGUGUAUAACUUUGCUGAUGAGCACAUUCCUUAUAUAUAAAGUAGAUCUGAAGACAGUUUACUAUUUUUUCAAAAUGAAUGUAACU